AUGGUUGGCAUCAACGAAGUCCGCCGAUCCAACGCCGCUCUUCACAUCCGCGAUGGAGACUUCGUCGCAGUUUUCGUCGGGGGAACCAGUGGAAUCGGAGAAGCAACAGCCAAGGAGCUAGCAAAGGCCAUCAAAACGCCGACAAUCCACCUCGUAGGAAGGAAUCAAGCCGCCGGCUCCAAGAUCUUAGAGGAACUAAAAUCAGCCAAUCCCGAUGGGACCUUCUACUUUGUUCAAUCGGACGUGUCACUUCUCCGGAACGUAGACGAGGCGUGCUCGGAAAUCAAGCAGAAGGAAAAGACGAUCGAUCUGUUGUUCCUCUCGACAGGACAUCUGGCAACCUCGAAACAAAACACAACCGAAGGCCUCGAAAACAACCAUGCCCUCCGUUACUACUCCCGCAUGCGCUUCAUCCACAACCUUCUCCCUCUGCUUGGCGCAUCUAAAGGCCCAGCCCGCGUCGUGAGCGUCCUAGCCGCCGGCCAGGAAGGCAAAAUCGAAGAAGAUAACCUCGAUUUACAGAAGUCGUGGACCUUUAUGAAAGCCGGCACGUAUGCGGCGACCAUGAAUUCCCUCGCCGCAGAGCACUUGGCCACGCUGUACCCCUCCAUCAGCUUCGUUCACGUAUUCCCCGGCAUUGUCCGCACCCCUCUCAUGAACAAGACCAUGGGCUCAGUCGCAGGUUCGAUCGUUGGCUUCCUAUCGCGACCGUUGUCGAUUUCCUCGCAGGAGAGUGGUGAGCGGCACCUGUUCAUCUCGACUUCCGCUGCUUAUCCGCCCGCUACGCCCAAGGAUCCGGCGAAUGCAGGCGUACCACUUGUGGAGGGAGUGAAGACCAGCGUAGCUUCGACGGGGAAAAUUGGCGGAGGAUCGUAUAUUCUCAAAUAUGAUGGUGCCAACGCGGCAAAUGAGAAGCUCAUGAGCGGAUACCGAGCGGAGGAUUUCCCGAAGAAGAUCUGGGCUCAUACCCUGGAGACGUUUAAGAAGGUGUUUGAUCCAGCGCAGUAA